CCAAACAGCUUCCCUCCUCCUCUCAGGGCCCAGGACUGUUGCUCCUGCAGCAGAGACGGGACAGUGAUCCAGACUGGAAGAUCUCGAGUCUGGAAUGCUGCCGUGCCACAGCUGCUUGGGUCGAAGUGCUGCGAGGCUACUACCGAGAGACAUAUCUUCCCGAAGCUGGAAUCAUGUUCCAGUGUGGCGACAGGCAGGCCAUGCUGGUGCUGGAGAUGGGUAUCCUGGUGACUGUGCUGGUGGCAGGGAGUGCUGGACAGAACUCUGACAGACGGGAGGUCGGAUCCUCCUGCUUUGGAGGAUUUGAUCUCUACUUUGUUUUGGACAAGUCCGGGAGUGUGCUGCACCACUGGAAUGAAAUCUAUUACUUUGUUGAUCAUCUUGCUCAUAAAUUCAUCAGCCCUCAGCUCCGGAUGUCGUUCAUUGUGUUUUCUAAAGAAGGAAGGAUCCUGAUGAAACUGACAGAAGACAGGGAACUCAUUCGGGCUGGACUUGAGGAGUUAAGGAUGGUACAACCUGGGGGAGACACCUUCAUGCAUAAAGGCUUUGAGAAGGCCAGUGAACAAAUCUACUAUGCAACUGGCUAUGGUUACCGAACGGCCAGUGUCAUCAUUGCCUUGACCGAUGGAGAGCUGAGGGAGAAUCAGUUUGACCUGGCCGAGAGAGAGGCAAGUCGAUCUCGUCAGUUGGGGGCUUCAGUGUACUGUGUGGGAGUGAAGGACUUCAAUGAAACUCAGCUUUGGACGAUAGCUGACAGCAAGGACCAUGUGUUCCCUGUGAACGAUGGCUUUGAAGCCCUACAAGGGGUUAUUGACUCGAUCUUGAAGAGGUCAUGUAUAGAGAUCCUAGCUGUAGAGCCCUCCAGUAUAUGUGAGGGAGAAUCCUUUCAAGUUGUGGUCAGUGGAAACGGUUUCCUGCAUGCCCGCAGCGUGGAGAAGGUCCUCUGUAGCUUUGUCAUCAACGACACCCUCACCUUGAUGAAGAGGCCCCUGGUGGUGAGGGAUACUUAUCUGUUGUGUCCAGCUCCUGUGUUGGAAAAGGAGAGAACGACUGCCACCCUCCAUGUCAGCAUGAACAAUGGCCUGAGCUUCAUCUCCAGCUCUGUAACCAUCACUGCAGUUAGCUGUUCUGACGGGACAUACUUGGCAAUUGCUCUGCUCAUCCUUCUCCUCCUGUUGACGGUAACCAUGCUGUGGUGGUUCUGGCCCCUAUGCUGCACAGUGAUCAUUCACGAGCCUCCUCCUCCAGAAAUGGAGGAUAGCUCUGAUGACGAGGAUGGGUUCCCAAAGAAGAGGUGGCCCACGGUGGAUGCGUCCUACUAUGGAGGACGAGGAGUGGGUGGCAUAAAGAGGAUGGAGGUCCGCUGGGGAGAUAAAGGCUCCACGGAGGAAGGUGCCAAGCUGGAGAAGGCUAAGAACGCCCGCGUGAAGAUGCCCGAGGAGGAGUUUGAGUUUCUUCCAAGUCGUACCCUUAACAAUGGCAUGCACAAGCCCAUCAGAGCCCAGAAGUGGUACUCACCCAUCAAGGGCAAACUGGAUGCUCUCUUGGUGUUCAUGAGAAAGGGCUACGACAGGGUGUCUCUGAUGAGACCACAUCCUGGAGACAAGGGAAGAUGCAUAAUCUUCACGCGGGUGAAAUCGUACCCCGCUCCGCGCUACCCAAUCUACAAUCACCCCUCCACCCCCAUCUACAGCCUCCCUCAUAGCUAUCAUGACCCUCAUUCGCAAGACACCCUCUCACACAGGCCCCCCUCCCCCACCUCCACGCUACCGCCCCUGCCCUCCACGCCGCCCCCGUCCUCCAUCACCCCUCCCCCUUACACCCCGGCUCCAACCAGAGCUCUGCCCUCGACCUCUGUUAGCCCUCCGCCAUCUCCACCCACCCCGCCGCCCCUUUGCUCCCCCACCCCGCCUUCCCUUCCCGUGUUUUUGCCUCCCGAGCCUCAGGCACCCCCCCCACAAAGAGCCCCCCCCCCCUCCCGUCCUCCCCCGCGCCCCUCUAAUUAG